CCGCCGCCCGGGAGCCGGACGGGCCGCCAUCAUGCUGAGCAGGCUCGGGGCGCUGCUGCAGGAGGUCGUGGGGGCGCGGGAGCCCAGCAUUAACCUGCUGGAGGCCUUCGUGGAGCACUGGAAGGGCAUCACACACUACUACAUCGAAAGCACAGAUGAAAACACCCCAGCCAAGAAAACAGAUAUUCCCUGGCGGCUGAAGCAGAUGCUGGACAUCCUGGUGUACGAGGAGAGGCAGCAGGUGUCGGCCGGCGAGGCGGGGCCCUGUCUGGAGUACCUGCUGCAGCACAGGAUCCUCGAGACCCUGUGCACACUGGGCAGGGCCGAGUACCCCCCAGGCAUGCGGCAGCAGGUGCUCCAGUUCUUCAGCAGGGUUCUGGCCCAGGUACAGCACCCCCUCCUGCAUUACCUCAGCGUCCACAGGCCUGUGCAGAAACUUCUGCAACUUGGUGGGACAGUUCCUGGAUCCCUCACGGAAAAGGAGGAGGUGCAGUUCACCACUGUCCUCUGCUCCAAGAUCCAGCAGGAUCCAGAUCUGCUCACCUACAUCCUAGAAGGUAAAAGGAUUGUCAGUAGGAAGAAGGCAUCCAGAGAACCCUCCACCCUGCCUAGAGCGGCUGCCAGUGUCGGAGACAAGGACCGCCCCCAUAGCAAGACUCCCGACCCGGGUCCCUGUGGGGCCCGGGCCUGGACCACCCAGCUGCCUGCUGAGACCGAGGAGCCAGAUGGAGGGACUGGGGAGAGCAACCUGGUCACCUGCCUGAUUGGGCUGUGCAGGAGCAAGAAAAGUCGGGUGGCCUUGAAGGCCCGGGAGAACCUGCUGCUCCUGGUGAGCGUAGCUUCCCAGGCAGCCGCCACCUACCUGGUGCAGAGCAGCCCUUGCUGCCUUGUGAUCGUCGAGCACCUGUGCCAGCUAUACCAGUCCAUGCCCACCUUCCUGGACCCCGCGGACAUUGCCACUCUAGAGGGCAUCAGCUGGAGGAGGAAUGGGGACCUCUGCUGGCCACCCUGUUCCCGAGGUUACAGCCCAUCCCCAAGGGCCUUCUCGCCCUCCAGGGAAGCAUCACUUUUGCUUCUGCCCACAGAGCUCCCAGUAGAACUGGACAUCCCCCACCCUGCAACAGCGGUUCCAGGGCAGAGGGAGAAAAGGCCCAGCUUCCAGAACAUCCCUGAGGCAGGCCUCAUAGCUCCUCCCGCACUCUCCUUCAGGUUACCCAGUGCCCCGUCUGAUGAGGCUUCCUUCCCUGGCAAGGAGGCCUUGGCGGCCUUUUUGGGCUGGUUUGAUUACUGCGACCACCUCGUCACAGAGGCACACCCGGUGGUUGCAGAUGCCUUGGCAAAGGCUGUGGCUGAGAAGUUAUUCGUGGAGAUUCUGCAGCCCCAGCUCCUGCACGUGUCUGAGCAGAGCAUCCUGACCUCCACCGCCCUGCUCACGGCCAUGCUGCGCCAGCUCUGCUCCCCUGCGCUGCUGCGGGAGGCCGUGACAUUUCUCCUGGGCCCGGAUCAGCAGGCUGCAGCCCUCGAGGACAGCCCCUACACUCUGUGCUCUCACCUAAUCGGGCACUGCGACCACCUCUCUGACGAGAUCAGCAUCGCCACACUGCGGCUGUUUGAGGAGCUGCUCCAGAAGCCCCAUGAGCAGAUCAUCCGCAGCCUGAUCCUGUGCAACCUUGAGGGACGCCCUUAUGUGGCCCGGGGCUCACCAGAGCCCGAGAGCUACGAGGACACCCUAGAUCUGGAGGAAGACCCCUACUACUUCACCGACGGCCUCGUUGACUCUGGCUUUCAACCCCCUGCAAAGCCACCCCCAGCCCCUGCCACCAACUCAGAUGGCAAAACAGCAGUGACCGAGAUCGUCAACAGCUUCCUCUGCCUGGUUCCUGAGGAAGCCAAGACCUCAGCUUUCCUGGAGGAGACUGGCUACGACACGUAUGUCCACGACGCUUACGGACUGUUCCAGGAAUGCAGCUCCCGAGUCGCCCCCUGGGGCUGGCCUCAGAGUCUCACUCCCUUGGACCCCCAUGAGCCUGAACGGCCUUUCUUUGAGGGUCACUUCCUCCGAAUGCUGUUUGACCGCAUGUCCCGGAUUUUGGAACAGCCAUACAGCCUGAACCUGCAAGUGACCUCAGUCCUGUCCCGGCUCGCCCUCUUCCCCCACCCCCACAUCCACGAGUACCUCCUGGAUCCCUACAUCAACCUGGCCCCUGGCUGCAGGAGCCUGUUCUCUGUCCUUGUGAGGGUGAUUGGGGACUUGAUGCAGAGAAUUCAGAGGGUACCCCAGUUCCCAGGCAAACUGCUCCUGGUGCGCAAGCAGCUGAUGGGUCAGGUCCCUGGGGAGCAGCUGGACCACCAGACCCUCCUUCAGGGCGUGGUAGUACUUGAGGAAUUCUGCAAGGAGCUGGCUGCCAUUGCUUUUGUCAAGUUCCCCCCACAUGGUCCUCACCUGCGCCUCUCCCCAGCCCCGGAAGGGCAUGUCUGAGCCAGGAGCACAGCAGGAGGGGAGAUUCCUGUCUGCAUCUCUGCCUGGGAGCUGCCGCCCACCUGGCACUGCCACCACUGUCCCCGCCGGGGCAGGGGCUUGGCUCCGUCUCCUCUACAUCCCAGAGACCUCUGCCUCUGAGAGGCCUGGGCUUGGUUCCCAGGUUAUCUCAAGAAGACCUUGCCUUGUUGGGCACCCCAGCCUGGGCUUUAGGGAGUGGGUCUACAAGGUACCAGAAACCAACGGGCAUUCUUUUGAGAUGUUCUCCCAGGCAGCAUGGUGUCCUCAGGGACGUCUCAGGGGAGCUGGGUGAUGGCCAGGUGAGCAUCCAGACCCAGACCCUCGUGUGUUCUGUGCCUGUCACCUGCCCCUACAGGCCAUUACCUGUGACUCAAUUCCAGGGGCACAAGGGGGAGUGAGCUGAUGGCUCUGAGGCUGAUCAGGACCAUAGACCAGAGAGAUGGGGGUAUGGAGCCCUGUCUCUGUCAUAGGAGGUACCACGGAUGCUGCUGAGACUUGACAUUUUUUUCUCCUGCCUUCUUGUCUUAACCCUUGGGGAAGGGGCAGUGGGCGGCAGGGGAAGCCCCCUCUUCCUGGAGACUUGCAAAAUUCCCAACCGCCUCAUGGCAAAUGCCUAAAGCUUGCUCCGCACCCAGGCGGGGGCAACUGCUAAUGAGAACCUUGAUGCAGCUGCAGCCAGGGCAGGAGAGGGCCUGGGGAGCUGGGGGGGCCGGGUGCCAGGCUCCAGCGGCUUUCUAUCUGGCGCCUUCUCAACCUGUUUCAGCAGGUCCACGACACCUGGGCAGAGGGGCUCAGAGACCUGGAGGCCAGGCCUUGCCCUUAGCAUUCUGCCAAGCCCCCAGUGUUUUCAAUGGAACAUUCUUCCAGGGGAGCAAGGGAGCUCAGGGUACAGAUGAAGCCAGGAUGCCCACUGACAACAAGCCCCCCAGGCCUGGAGGGGAGGGGCUGGGGCACAGGCAGCCAGUCAUGGUGUUGUUCUCCCUACAUGCCCUCCACAGCUGGGGCUGCCACCCCACCCCGCCCGAAUCUGUCUCAACCUGCAGGAACACAUAGGUGGCGCCAGGCAUUACCUCACAGCAGGACUGCAGUUGCUGGCUUUGCUCCUGGGCAAGGAGGAGCAGGCCCAAGCCCCACUCACUUCCUUUUCCUGCCCAUGCCACUUCUAGAAGCCGGCUGCAGGUUGCCAAGAGGUGACAUGAAAGAGAAACUCAAUGACCUCUACCUCUCCUGUAUUCCUCCAAGCUGGGGAGGACUUCACGGCUGCUCUGAAGGAUACUGUGCAUGUGCAUACAUGCAUGUGUGCACAUGGAUGUGGGUGUGGGUGUGGGACGGGGAGCAGAGCUCAGUGGGCAAAUUGGGUCUGGACUUUGAUUCAAAAAGCAGAGUUUAAGCAACAUUCAAGUGUCUGGGAGUCAGACACUCCCCUCCUCAAUGCACUUCGUCAGCAUUCGCACAGUGUCCCCCCCAAACAGCAUGGCAAUAAAUGGUGUGGUUGCGUGGACACAGCCGCCCUGUUCUCCACCCUUCGCGUCUUUCUGCCCAGGGCUCCACUGCUAAUUCAGGCCCAUCUUCCUCCCUAGGGAAGACAAGUUAAAUUCCUUUUCCAGCCCUAGAGCAGAGGGGGGCCGCGUGUUCGGGGGUGGUAAACAGAGACACGCUCUGGCAGCGCAAAUCUUAUGUUCCUCAGUGCCUGCCAGGACCAGCCCCUCUCUUGGCCAGACAACACUAUUUCUGCUCAGCUUACCUACAACUCAGAGACACCGUGAGGGAAUGGGCCAUCUGGAGCAUCUCGAUGCAAGUCUCAUUUUUAGGUGCUUAUGUUGUGAGUUGUAUGACUGCUUUCAUGGUGAACAGCAGGCCUGAUGCUAUAAAAACCUUGUCCCUAAAUAUAUGGGGGUGGGGAUCCUUUGAGGGGGUCACCAAGAGUACUCCAGGACAGGGCAAGCUGAAGGCUUAAGAGAGGGCUGAUCAGUGGCUCUCCCCUAGGUGCAUGUGAGAAGCACUUGGGUUGCUUUUUAAAAUACCAAUAUUCCUCGGGCUGACCCCGUGGCUUAGCAGUUAAGUGCACACGCUCCACUGCUGGCGGCCCGGGUUCGGAUCCCGGGCGCACACCGACGCACCACUUCUCCGGCCA